CUGGUUACAUGUGACAUAACUCCUUUUUAAAAUCCCUAUUUGUCCACUUGCCUCGCGGCACAACCCGGAAGCGUCAGCCUAACCGCUUCUCUAUUGGCCUUAGCUCCACUCACGUGACUCCACAUCCUCCGUCAAAGCUGGUUCUGAAGACCUGCUUCCUGGUUGGAAGCCUAGCGGCCCAUGGGAUUGGCCAACUACGGCCCAACCUGCUGCCCUAUUGGUUGGGGUUGCCAUCCUCCUCCCUGCGUACGGACCUCGCACUUGACUGGGUAACGGAUCUUGCAGGCUCGGAGCUUCUGCGACGCGGUAUGAUAUCGCUACUUCCCGCCCCCACUAGUACACCCUCUCCAGAGUCCAGCUCGGCGCCAUGGCGUUCCAGGGUCGUCGGCGGAGGCCGCCGCCGAGACCCGAGACUGUAGUGCGAGGUGAGGCGGCCGAGACAGACUCGGAGCUGUCUGCGUCCUCAUCGGAAGAGGAAGAGCUGUACCUGGGGCCCUCCGGUCCGACCCGCGGUCGCCCCACGGGGCUGCGGGUGGCCGGGGAGGCCGCCGAGACCGACUCGGACCCGGAGCCGGAACCGACGGCCGCGCCGAGGGACCUGCCUCCUCUCGUAGUGCAGCGGGAAACGGCCGGGGAGGCCUGGGGAGUGGAGGAGGCCCCGGCGCCCGCUCCAGCGCGCUCGCUGCUGCAGCUCCGGUUGGCAGAGAGCCAGGCGCGGCUGGACCACGACGUGGCGGCCGCUGUGAGCGGCGUAUACCGCCGCGCGGGCCGCGACGUGGCCGCCCUGGCCGGUAGGUUGGCGGCCGCCCAGGCGGCGGGGUUGGCGGCCGCCCACAGCGUGCGCUUGGCGCGGGGAGACCUCUGCGCACUGGCUGAGCGCCUGGACAUCGUGGCCGGCUGCCGCCUGCUGCCCGACAUCCGCGGCGUGCCGGGGACUGAGUCCAAGCAAGACCCCGGACCUCGGGCCUAGCCAUGACCCACUCCCCGCCUGACUCUGAGCACUGGGGGCGGCCUUGAGACCUCUGGGACCUGGCUCUGUACCCCUUUUUGCUCCCUUCCCAUCUGGCUGUCACCCUCAGGGCUAACCCCACCCCCUGGAUAACGCCGUGUGUGCUGUGGGUGGGAUAAUGGUGCUCAGCCCCGCCCCUCGCAUCUGGUUCCUCCCCCUCGGCCCUGGCCCAGCUCCCUGGUUCUGAGUCUGUGUCUGAGGCUUGGCUCCAGCCUGUGGGUAAUUGUCCACUCCUUGAUCAGUCUCUACCCUGGGGGCUCACUGUGCCCCAUCUUUCCUUGUGCUCUGCCGUUCUGAGUUUGGUUUCUGCACGGAGCCGAUUCAGGUUCUUUCCGCAGGAGCCCCAGGGUCUGCAUAGAUUCUCUUGUACCUUCCAUCACCCCCUUGGCUCUGCCUCUAGUCCUAGCUACACUUCUGGAAUUUUGUCCCCCUAGUCUGGGCCCUUUUUCUGUUCUCCAGGCAUGGCCCUGGUUUCAGCUCCUAGUUCUAGUCCUUGCUCUGCCAUCUGUCUCCUCCACUGGCUUAGCUCCUCCCCCAGGUUUGAUCUCCUUUCCUGGGUCCAGUUGUACCCUUAGGAUUGGUUUUGCUUCUUUUUGCUGUUCCCAUCCUGCUUAUACUACCUGCCUGAUCCUGGGCUCCAGAGACCCCCCUACAGUUUCCUUCAUCAGGCCCAAGAUGGGGCCCAGAUGCAAGAGGCCCUCCUCCCCACUCUUCAGGCCCAAGAUGGCAUCGCCUCCAGAUCCAAGUAAAUGUGUCUUCCGCACCCUCCAGGCCAAGGUGGCACUUUGUGCUCAAGCUCCAGAUACAAGAUGAGCCUCUUCCUGACUCUCCAGGCUAGUAGUGGCACUCUUCAGGCACUUAGGGCCCAAUACAGCCUGCGUGGCACUUUGGGAGCAGUGUGACACCUCUUUGCAGAUAAGUACCACACAUGGUGUUUGCUCACUGUGUUGACCCCUGGAUGGUAAGAGGACUUGGAUUUCUGGCUCAGCCCAAGGUACGGGGUUAAUUCCUUUUGUGUGCUCAUCACCUGCUCCUCCUGGUCCCAGCUGUAGCCCCAGUCCCAUUCACAUUUAUUCCCCUCCCCACUCUUCUCCGAACCUGAAGCUGAGUUGAGCCCCCAGGAUGGAGAAGUGGAAAAGCACUCUAUGGCAUAUUAAUUAAAAUGCAAAAUAGUUACUGAUAUGGUCAGUUCCUCUUGUUUCCCACCUAAGCUGGGGGUGGUUUGGUUGGUGAUUUCUCUAAGAAUGGGGCUCCCAAGACAGGGAUCCUUCCUGCCUAGCUUAUUGAAGGUGAAGCUGUAGCUGGAAAUCAGGGCCCCUAAAAUGAAUGAGAAGUGGGCUACCGAUGAGAAAGGGUUUAUUACUUUCCUAGACGCUGCAUAUGGGUUCUGCACUUAGUAGUAAUCCAACUCCAUUUGUAUGUGAGGCCCAAAGACUAAUCAGGACAUGUUUUAAGUCCUCUUCAGAUGAAUUUAAAUCAAGAUGGCUCUCCAUUAGGGAAAGUGGGAAGUUUGAAGUUUGAUCUGAGGGUAGGGACAUAAAAAACAUUUUAAAAAAUUACACUG